ACAAUGAGCUUGGUUUUAUGGAUUUUCUCCUAGAAAAUCUGAAAGAGCUGCCGAGUUGUGAGGUUGGUUCAAUUGCUUUUGCAAAGGAUCAAAUUCAAACUAUCCGAGAAGAUCUUGCAUCAUUAAGAUCUUUGAUGGAGAUCAGUGUGGACCAGAGCAACCAAGCCCUUCGGAGACGUGUCAUGGAGGCGGCGCAUAAGACACAGCUGACGGUUAAAUCCUUGUUCAUUGGAGACAUUCCAGAUUUUAGGUCUCCAAUCAUAUUUGAUUCCAUCAGGGAAGAACUUAAAGAGAUUAAUCUUUCUAAGAUGGAAGCCAUGAACAUUUGUGACAAUAAGUAUAGAUUGGAAGCCCAUAGUGUGAGCAGGACAACCAACAAAGUUCGGGUGAGGCUGGAAGAUGAAGCCACAAUAAUUCACAAACUUACAAGAGGACAAAAGCAGUUGGGGUUUGUUUCCAUUGUUGGUAUGCCUGGAAUAGGUAAGACGACUUUGGCCCAAAAUGUUUAUGAUGAUCCUUCAAUUAGAUGCGUUUUUCAUAUCCGUGCAUGGUGUGCUGUUUCUCAGCUCUAUCAGCAUAAAGAUGUGCUGCUUCAGAUUUUGAGUUGUAUUGAUCCUGACCUUUUUGAGGAUCAGCUACAAAGAAAAAAACACCACUCUGGUGAUGAAUAUUCAAAGAAGAAUGAAGAUGAGUUGGAAGAAAAACUAAAGCAACGUUUGAUGAAAAUUAGGUAUCUCAUUGUUCUUGAUGAUGUGUGGAGUAGUGAGGCUUGGAAUGCGUUGGAAAGAUCUUUCCCAGAUAAUGCCAAUGGAAGUAGAAUCCUCUUAACCAGUCGACUUCCUAUGGUGGCUUUGGAAAUCAACCAGAAUGUUACAAUUCACCAUCUUCAACGACUCACUGAUAAGGAGAGUUGGGAAUUACUGCAGAAGAAGCUACCUGAAGAAAAAGGCUUUCCUUUAGCGCACAGUGAUCUAGGGAUGCAGAUAGCCAGACAUUGUCAGGGUUUACCUCUCACGAUUGUUACGGUAGCUGGAAUUCUUGCUAGAUUGGAGAAAGAUGAUGGUUGGAUAGAGGUCGCGGAAAGACUAAGCUUAAGUGCUGUUUGUGCUACAGAUCAGUGCAUGGAUGUAUUAGAGCUGAGUUACCAGCAUUUACCUGAAUAUCUAAAGCCAUGCUUUCUCUACUUCGCAGCAUUUCCCGAAGACAGAGAGAUUCCCUCUUGGAGGUUAAUGAGUUUAUGGAUCGCUGAAGGAUUUGUCCAGGAAAGUGAGAUAAAGAGCUUGGAGGAUGUAGCUGAGGAGUACAUAUAUGAACUGACAAGCAGAAGCUUGGUUAUGGUUUCCAAAGAAAGAUCCCUAGGUGGUGUUAGAACUUGCCGCAUUCAUGAUUUGUUGCACGAGUUUUGUUUGGUAAAAGCCCAGAAAGAAAAUUUUCUGCAGUUUUUACAUGGAGAUGAUAAACUUUUCACCUUUGAUGAGCCACGCAAUCUGCAAAGGUUAUGCAUUUUUUCAGGGCAGGAUAUUUUUGCGGACUCAAGGCUAUGCUCAACCCGUGUGAACUCUCUGAUGUUCUAUGCUCAGGAGGAUGAGAUGCUCCGAAGUGGUUUUCCUAAAUUCCUAUUUCUCUUUUUCAAGCGUCUGAGAGUAUUGGACUUGAGACAAUUUUGUCUACAUGGUGAACUUCCAAGCGAGAUAGAGUUGCUUUCUGAGCUGAGGUACUUGGCAAUUCAUCUUUCAGCCAACUCCAUCCCUUCAUCAGUAGGCAAUCUCUCACAUUAGAAACUUUUAUCGUCCAAGCAGACGGAAAUGUCCUACUGCCAGAUACUAUAUGGGAAUUUGAAGAAAUUGAGGCGACUAGACGCAAGAAAUGGUUUUACUUUUAACUGGGCUGAAGAGAACCUGGGGAGUUUACAUAAUUUGACAGCAUUUCUGUUCUGGUUCUUAGUUCAGUACAAAGCGAAAAGAUAUUGGAAAAAUUCCCAAACAUCCGCAGACUAAAAUGCAGGCUCUUCAAAUAUGAGGAAUAUAAUGGAGAUUGUAAUAAGAUUGUGGCAAUGGGCUUUCUGAGCCAAUUGGAAUCGCUCAAGCUAGAUCACCCGAGAAGUCUUGAGGUGAUCAAAUUAGAUCGUGAAGUCUCUCCGCAGGGCACAUGGGACAUGGAUUGAUUUGUUUCCUCAGCUCAAAUACUUGAAACUGGAACGGUUGCGUAUAUCUCGAUGGAAAUGCUCAUCUGAUCAGUUCCCGCGUCUACGGAAAUUAGUCUUGGUUCAAUGCUGGAGACUGAAAGAAGUCCCUUCUUGUUUUGGGGAAGUUUCAACUCUUGAAACGAUUGAGGUGCACGGCUGUUCAGAUUCGGUUUGUAAAUUCACUUUGGGAGAUUGAGGAAGAGCAAAAAGACUCUGGAAAUGAGGAUUUCCAGAUUUUUGUUUGAGGAAGAACCAAUUUGCAAUCUGCUUGUGUGUUUGAUCAUCACAGACUGUUUCAUAGGUUGGCCCAGAUUUAGGUAGAGGUAACCAACAUGAUUACCAUGUAUUUUGCUCUUAUAUUUGAUAGCGAAGACUUGUACAUUUUUUUCUCCACAAUGAUGUGCUCAAAAUCCCCUAAUAGUAAUAAUAUCGCAUGAGGUGUAUUUGACAUGGCAAGGUUUAUUUAACAGGAUAUGGAAUAUCAUUGCAACACAAGAUUCCAUACUUUA